UAACUGAAUGUUUGUCAGGUUCUGCAGUUGAGUUAGACAAAUUUACAUUAUCAUUUUCAUGUUUGCAGUUGCUGAGCUUAGACAGGUGCAUGAUGUCCUCCAAAGGUGUCUUGGUGAUACAUCUCAGGACUUCUAUGUUUGAGUAUGUUCUUUAUCUGACUAGCAGCUCCGCUUGAACCAACCACAAGAGAGCCCACCCAUUUUGCUACUUUUUCACACUUCUCUGUCUCUCAAGUCUCUGUUUGCAUCGACAGCCCCUUUGAAGCAACACCCUCUGACAACCUCCGAAGGAUAUUUCCACACUGAAUCGUUUGUCAGUUGCCGAAAGAGCACGUUAGGUAUGGCCAGUGAUAAGUAUCCCUCUGUGUAUGUGGUGGACAGCCAUGCCGACUGGCCUCAUCCACCACCCAAACUGAGGCAGCGGCAGUGCCGGAUGGGGGUGGCACAGACCCUGCUGUUCAUGCUGGUCAGCGUGGCGUUGUGUGGCAUGAUCAUUGAAGCCUGCUUGAUCUACCAUCUCUACCAACUUGACACCGCUCCCUCAGCGUCAUUCUCUAAGCACACCGGAGGUGAAGAUGAUACUUCUCCCACUAAAAAGCCAAGUUAUGAGAUUCCUCCUUCCAAACCAGUUGCACAUCUGACAGAUGGACAAGAUGUAAUUCAUGAAGAAAAGAUUAUGGCGUGGAGCAUGAAUGCAGACCCUCUCCUCUAUGAAAUGGACUACAAAGACAGAAAACUAAUCAUUCAGAAGGAGGGUUAUUACUAUGUCUAUUCUAAGGUUUUCUUCACAGACAAUGGUGUAUUUCACCAUUCUGUCAAUAUGCAUACUGAAAAGUACGCUGGGGGAAGAAUUACACUCCUGCAGUCCAGGAAAUACUCCCUAAAGUCGAGUAAAAUACGAUCCAAUAGUUACCUGGGUGGAGUGUUUCAUCUUUACAAAAAUGAUGCUGUUUAUGUGGAAGUCAGCAACACCACAAAAAUCGAUCGACAUAAAUCCUUUGAGAACAUCUUUGGUGCAUAUAUGAUCUAAAUAUCACACUGAUCAUCAUCAUCACCACCGUGAAACUGAAGGUUUGGAGUGAGAAUAAAUGAAAUUGGAUAAGAAAUGUUAUAUAAUCUUCAUGAGGAGUAAUGAUUGUCUUUGCUUUGCAAAAGCAGGUCCAUAACCAGUCAGAGAGGCAGAUGUGAAAGCCUCUUUCAGCCCCAGAGCAUAAUGAAGGUCAGGGCUGUGGUAGUGGUUUUCUUACUGGUUGAAAACAAUUUUUAAAUUAUGUUUAACAGCAUAGCAAAACAGCUUUUCAAAUCAGGGACUUUUUAUAUGAUUACUUGUAUUUUUACUUUAGAUUCAAUCUCUGAAUGUUACACAAUGUCUCGUCAUAGAUGGAUAAAAAAAAUUAAUGUACAUUGUUCAGUCUUUCUAGUUUUCAUGUUGCUACUGUGCAAAAAUCAAAACAUAAUAAACUGUGUAACAUUACAUUAGAAACUGUAAUGUUGCACGUUUCUUUUUGUUCUUGGUGUAAGAUAAACUGCUCACUAUUUAUUUAGUCCUUCAGCAAAAGAAGGAAUGACAAAACGUCUUUAAGUCUGUUAUAUUUAUGUACAAUAUUGUAUACAGCAUAACGAAAUAAACAGCUGAUUGAAAAGUC